GCUCGUGCACUCGGUGAUCCCGGUUCCACAGAAACAAUAAAUGGCAACGACAAUAAGACCUCGCCUUGUGCGAAGGAGAAGAGGAGAUACGGGAAGGAAUGGUCGUCUGCUGUGCCCGGGCCGCGGAGCAGGAGGAACACGUCUCUCGGGUCUGUGCCGUUCAAGGCUUUCGCAUCCCCGUCCUCGAUAGUAAUCUCGGACAAUGGUUCUCGAAAGACUCGCCCUCUCAGUCGUCUUCUCUGGACUCUCUAGCAUCCUACUACUGCGCGAAACUUGGUCCUCCCGAACGUCUUACGCCUGUAAAGGCUGCAACCUCAGCUCGGAAGCCGACUAUAUGCGCCGUGAAGUCCUCCAAAGUGACGCGCGAAGACCCUCCACCGCUCUCUGGGGACUCCGAUGCUCUCUCGCGCACCAGUGGCGUCCCGAGUGCAACAUCUGACCCAGAUCUCCGUCUUCACACUGAGCUCUCUACCUCGACGCCCCUGAAGUCCGCGCCCGUCUGGAACAAGCUCGAGCGGCGUCAAGGUCCAGGAGGCACCCACAGCCGGUCGCACUCUCUUGCCUCGCCUCCGUCCAGCAGUGCUCUCCGACGGCGCCAGACCACUCGGCGCCACGCUAUCUACGGGGGCACCGGCCUGCCUGGAAUACCCGUGCCGUACGACGACCCCGAGGAGACGAAGGUCAACCCCGCACGCGCGACGUUCGCGUCGUUCGACUCAACGAAGGCGGUCUGCGCGAUUAGUGAGAAUUCGUUCUCCGAGUCGGAGAGCCCUAGCCCGAGGAAGAUGGUGGACUACCUCACUGCAAAGCUCGCCUCUGAGUCGCCGACGAAGUCGCUGUUGACGACGCCCCUCCGCACCCACCAUUUCCACGACAGCUCCGAAGACGAUUCGGACACACCUGGUUACGAGAUGUCGAUCACUGCGGUCUCUUACGACGAACUGGACCUGCUUAGCCCUGUGAAGAGACUCUCGUCUGUAUCGCCCCUGAAGCUUCGGACUGGUGACAAGCGGAAGAUCGUGGAGCAGGCACCCACCCAAGCAGCGCGUUCGGCGAUGAAUCCCAAGACCAAAGGUGGCCCUAGCAAACCAGACGUCUUCGAACACCUCCCGAUGAUGCGCGAGCUCCUGGACCUUGUAGAUGAGGCGACCAAGAGCUGGGAUGCUCCCGAGGAUAUGUGAAGCAUCAGGCGCCC